AUGGUCCGCUGCUUUGAGGACCCCGACAUUACUCACGUCGACGGCUCCGUCGACCCCGCCCGCGACAUCGAGACGAUCAACUUGGAGCUGAUCAUCGCGGACAUCACCCAGCUCGAGAACAGGAAGCAGAAGCUGAUCAAGGACGUUCGGGGCAAGGUGAAGGGGGCCCAGGAGGAGAGCGACGUGCUCGACAAGAUCCUGGCCGUCCUGGAGGAGGGCAAGCCAGCGCGCUCGACGAACCUCAACGAGGACGAGCAGGCAAUGGUGAAAAAGUUCUCCCUGAUCACCAUGAAGAAGGUCUUGUACGCGGCGAACGUCGCGGAGGAGGACCUCGGCACAGGCGGGGCGCGGGGGUGCCCGCGGGGGGCGGCGCAGCCCCCGCUGGUCAUUUUCGACGUCGCGCUGGCCUGGAUGAAGACGAGAUGCACCGUGGCAGACUUGAGGAAGCUGUCGGAUGGGCGCAGUAGGCAUACGGAGUCCAACAGUGACAUAGGCACACUUCAUGGCUGCAACGUUUUCGAAGUGUUUGGAGUCACGAAGUUGGCGGAGUUGAACACUUCCUCGCGCUUCAGCAUUCCUGGACGAAUCCUUGUUGUAGCUUUGAGCAGCAUGAGCUCAGCGUCCUUCUCGAUCCAUGGGCUGCUGGUUUCGCAGAGGUGGAGCCCGGGGUAUGUUUUCCCACGGCCAGAAUUUGAGAUCGGGACCGCCGCAUUUCUGGAGUGGUUGGAAAAUGGCGCUGUGGCGUUCAUUUACUUCGUGCUUGGCGUGAUCUUCCCUAUGCUGACGAGACAUAAGCACGUUCAGUUGGAGCGGACGCUGAGCGUUGCAAACCGCUACAGCUGGGCAGAAGCUGAAGCGAAUCUGAUAUCCCGUUAUGCGAACAUUUGUUUCUCCUAUGUCGUGUGGUCGGCGACUUUCGUAUUGGGCAUGUUUGCGCCAGUACUGAUUUGGCUGCCCCGAUUGUACGGAGAUGACAUUACGGAGCAAAUCCGGGUUUGCUUUUGGGUUGAGGUCAGCGUCUUCAUUUGGUCCAUCAGUAUGCUCUUCAUUGGACCUUCCAGGGUUGAAGAAAUCGGAACAAAAGCCGUAGAAAGUGUUGUCGCAGGGGUCUGUAAGGAGUUGGACGACAUGAGCACCGAGAGUAUCAGGUGGGAAAGGGUACUGAGCAUAGUCAAGGCGACCGAUUACUUACUGGCGGACACAUUCCAGUGGAGUUGCCUCGGGCGCUUGGUAGUCGUUCGUGUCUCCAUGCUCUUCUCGCUCGCAGCGGGAUUCGGCUGUGUCGGAAUUGUCCACUACAAUGAAGCCACUAGGAAGGGCGCAAUGUGCUGA